GCCCCUCCGUCCUCCUUCCGGCCUGUGAUUGGCUGAGGCGUGUGAAUGAGCCCAGUAUGUGCUGGAUGGGGAGGAGAGGCGAGCAUGUGUACGCUGGGCUGCCCCUGCCUCUGGUUAGUCUGGUUUUGCCUCUUUUGUCUGACACUUCUGGAGUCCUGGCUGCUGCUGGCUCGGGGCAGGCAGCCUACGGUGCGGGAUCUGGGUGCAGGAAGCCCUCAUAUACCUGGAAGGAACCCAAAGGUCUUUCGCCUCCUCGUCUGGAUACCUGCCCCGGAGAGAAUGGUUUUCCAGGCUAUGGGAAAACUGCUGCGCUAUAGGAAAAGGACGGACUCUCCCAGCAAGAAGACACAGCCGGAAAACGAGAAGCUGUACCUGGAGCCUCGGCACACGGCCGCCCGGGUUGUCGAUGCCGAUAUCCUGAUGCUGGUGGCUUUGCCCAAGGGGCUUAACGUGGACGAGUGGCUGGCGAGCAACGCCUCUGCCUUCUACAAUCACGUCAGCCUAUUUUAUGGAUCGAUCUCAGAAUUCUGCACAGCAACAUCUUGCCCCACGAUGAAAGCCUGGUCAACGCAAUAUCAUUGGACGGACGAAAAAGGGCGGAAAAGGAAGUGUUCGGCCCCCCAGUACGCAGACUACGCCAUCAGCAUUAUUCAGAAACUCCUUACGGACGAAGAUCUCGUUCCCACAAAGCACAGCAAAGAGUUUCCGAAGUCCUUCAGACCGGCCAUACAGAAGACCUUCCGCCUACUCUUCCAUCUCCUUGGUCACAUCUACUCUUGCCACUUCAAAACAGUGGUCCACCUGGAACUGCACCCCCACCUAAAUACCCUGUACCUCCACCUCCUGCUUUUCUGCGCAGAAUUCCACCUCCUCGAUUCAAAGGAAAUGGCUUUGAGCGAGGAUCUGACCUCGGCUCUCAUCAGAUCCGGUCCAUCGCCUCGGAGCUCAGGAACCCAAUCCAGAAACACCUGAUCAAUGGCAAAGAACGGACUUUCGAAAACGCCUCUACUGCCGCGAGAAAAUGCCUUACCUUAUAUAGCACAGCAAUAAUAUAAGUGCAUAUUUACGUUAAAUCUUUUUUCAUGGAGUAUCAUGCGCGGGGGCUUCUUGCUCGAGCGAUGGUUGCUAGAUGUUUAAAUGCAUGGAGGAGGAUGGACUUCUCUAUUCCGUACGAUGCACGCGGAGAGCUUGUCGGCUCCGGAGAGUCAAAAAACGCCUGUAAAAUAAAUACAAAUAACUGUUAAUG